GUCGUUAGAAGUUGCCCUUGUGAUCAUGCAACUGUUGUUGGCGCCGGAAUAACUCUCUUCGAGGCAUUGACUGCCGCUGAUCAAUUGGCUAAAGAAGGUAUUAAUAUACGAGUAAUCGAUCCCUUCACAAUCAAACCGAUUGAUGAAACUCUUCUUGUGCAGGCAGCAAAGGAUACAUUUGGUCGCAUUGUGGUUGUAGAGGAUCAUGCUCCUGAAGGUUUGUGA